AUGACUGGGAGAGGAAAUAUUACAGAUGUCACCUAUUUCAUCCUCUUGGGGUUCUCAGAUUUCCCCAGAAUCUUAACAGCUCUGUUCGUUGUCUUCUUGUUUACCUACAUUACAACUGUGACUUGGAAUCUGAGCCUCAUUAUCUUAAUAAAGAUGGAUUCCCACCUCCACACACCCAUGUACUUCUUCCUCAGUAACCUAUCCUUCAUAGAUAUCUGCUAUGCGACCUCCACAGCCCCAAAGAUGCUCUCCAAAUUCUUCCAAGAGAAGCAAAUGAUCACCUUUGUGGGUUGCGCUGUUCAGUACUUCAUCUUUUCAACCAUGGGACUGAGUGAGUCUUGUCUCAUGACAGCCAUGGCUUAUGACCGAUAUGCUGCCAUCUGUAAUCCACUUCUCUAUUCAUCAAUCAUGUCACCCGCCCUCUGUGUGCGAAUGCUGCUGGGGUCCUAUAUGGCUGGUCUCUCUGCUUCUUUAUCUCAAUUGUGUGUCAUCCUUCAGCUCCACUUCUGCGGGCCUAAUACCAUCAACCACUUCUUCUGUGACCUGCCCCAACUCUUAGCCCUGUCUUGCGCUGACACUUUCUUUGUACAUAUCAUGACUGCUAUAUUAACACUGAUCUUUGGGAUAGUAAAUGCCUUUGUGAUCAUGAUAUCUUAUGUCUAUAUUGUCAUCUCCAUCAUGAAGAUCACGUCAGCUAAAGGCAGGUCCAAGGCUUUCAACACCUGUGCUUCUCACCUGACAGCAGUUAGCCUCUUCUAUACCUCAGGCAUAUUUGUCUAUUUGACGUCCAGCUCUGGCGGUUCCUCCAGCUUCGACAGAUUUGCAUCGGUCUUCUACACUGUGUUGAUUCCCAUGUUGAAUCCCUUGAUUUACAGUCUGAGGAAUAAGGAAAUCAAAGGUGCCUUGAACAGGUUGCGAAAACACAAGGGGUGUUGCUGA